GAGCUUCCAUUUUGUAUCAUAUUUUUUGUAUGUGAUACAGUGACAAUUGUUUGUUUCCCACAGAAAAUUGCAUUCCAGUUCGUCUAAUGAGAUUCAGAAGUAUGAGCAAUACUUAAAACGAAGGGAUUUGAUAAAUGGAGGUUUGGAUGAAGAAUACCAAGACAUUGCUAUUGUAAUGUUAUCACUGAUUCUCCAAAUAUGUGUGUUAUUGGUCUACAGUCCUUUUUAAUAUGCAGAACCGAAUACUACGCAUCUCCAUGCCUGUUAAUCGUAUUUCCAUGUUAAUGCAGUUACGAUUUUGAGAGCAAAAAACUCACGUAAAUGGUUUUUGCUUUGGAUCAACACAAUUUUAAACAAAAUGGAGUGUCUAAUCGAUACAACAGCCGUUAGAUACGGUUGGAAUUGCCACUUGAUACGGAGUUGGGUUCUGAUAAGAAACUGUAGCAAAUCCAUCUCAUCAUGUGUAACCAUUAAUACGACUUACCAUUUUGGAUAUGCAGUUAUUCAGUUGGGCCGUGUCCCAGCAUUGGUGAAUAAAGGUGUAAUAUUAAGCGAACCAUUUGAGAGCACAACAAUCCCCACCAGUCCGACAACAAGAACCACAUGGCCAGCCACAACAAGAAGACCAAACAAUCCUUAUGGCGUGUUGUGUUUUUACUGGGGUGGCCAGUGUUAUUGCUACGCAAAAACGAGUUCCACUAACUGGGAUGGAGCGAAAGAAUUUUGUCGGGCCGGCAAUAUGACUUUGCUCAAUGUUGAAACUGAAGAGGAGGAUUAUACGAUCUUCACUAACGGAAAAUACAACCCAGGAUUGUACUACGCUGAAUAUUGGACUGCGGGAAGAUACUCCCAGGACGGGAAUAAUGAAUGGGAGUGGGCUUCAACCCAGCCUUUUAUACCGAUGAAUUACACGCACUGGUAUGCCGAAGAACCUGGAAGCAGCGAACCUGGAAGCUGCGCCAGUUUUCAUUUCUAUUACGGUGACUUUUACCAAUGGGGCUGGAGUGAUUAUCCGUGCAGUAAUUACGCUGGAGCAAUCUGCGAAUCAGUUUCAGUUCUUUAAAUCUUAGAAAUGUAAUGGCAAAGGUAUUGGUUAAUAUGUUGACAUUUAUCCAUAAUUUUUUCAAGUAAAUAGUGUUUUGCUAAUUAGAAGUUUUAUUAAAAUCUGGCUCCGUCGAA